CCGUGGACGAUGAUAUCCGGGGACUCGGUUUAGCGAGAGGUAUUCGAGAGCUCAAAACAUGGCGACUGCUAACGACAAACAGUGGCAGAAAGAUGCAGCCGAUCAGAAUUUCGAUUAUAUGUUCAAGCUUUUGAUCAUUGGAAAUUCUGCAGUUGGCAAGACAUCGUUUCUUUUUCGCUAUGCGGAUGAUUCCUUCACGUCCGCUUUUGUUUCAACGGUAGGAAUCGAUUUUAAAGUGAAGACGGUUUUUCGAAACGAGAAGCGUGUGAAACUUCAAAUUUGGGAUACAGCCGGUCAGGAAAGAUAUCGAACAAUAACUACUGCCUACUAUCGUGGAGCAAUGGGGUUUAUCCUGAUGUAUGACAUUACCAAUGAAGAGUCAUUUCAGGCAGUGCAAGAUUGGUCAACACAAGUGAAGACCUACUCUUGGUCAAAUGCACAAGUGAUCCUUGUCGGAAACAAGUGCGACAUGGAGGAAGACAGAGUUGUGACUUAUGAGAGAGGGAAGCAGCUUGCAGACCAGCUUGGGCUGGAGUUCUUUGAAACCAGUGCAAAGGAUAAUGUCAAUGUCAAACAAGUGUUUGAGCGUCUGGUGGACAUCAUCUGUGACAAGAUGUCUGAGAGUUUAGAUUCUGAUCCGACUAUUGUUAGUGGACAGAAGCCUGGAACAACAAAGAUAUCUGACAAGCCUCCUCAGCAACAGGACAGUGGCUGUGCUUGUUGAUCUCUGUAAAAUGUUGUAUCUUCUGAAUAGGAAUGAUGUUAUAUUUCAUUUGAAAUUUUAAGGAUCUUUGCAAAGUUGCAGGUUUGGUUUUGUGGCAGCUCUGUUGGUUGUUAGAUAGACUGAUAGAAUGAUAGAGUGUUAUUUAUGAUUAGUUCUUCUUCAUCGACUAAACUGCAGUUUUUUUUCCUACCAACCAUUAUUUACCUCUUGGUGAAAAUUUAAAGUUGGUUCUUCAACUUCUCUUAACUGAUAAUUUUCUUUAUUCUCAUUACUUGCCUGCCUAAUGGUUCAUGAAUUUUGUCUGAGAAUUUACUUCUGGGUUAUUUCCCAACAUUAUGACAAAUUGAUUUCAUUAAUUUGAUCAAAUGAUCAUAUCAAUAGUAAUUGACUAAAAAUUUUACUAAAAACUCACCAAUUAAUUGUAUUUCUGUUAACUCUUAACUGUUGCACUUCCAAGAUUCAGUUAGUUAUUCUCUUUACUGUCUGCCUCAAUAUUCUUGUUAUAUUAGUUUGAAGAUCUACUAAUAAUCUCCUAAUAAGAU